UGGCCUUCUUUCUCCGUCAGACGGCACCUCUUUCUCCCUCCUGUCGCUCGUUCUCGCUCGUCGUACCGGCGAUCGUCGGCUUUUCGUACGUUUUCGUGCGGCCUCGCUGCCGCGCCGCGACGUACGCCCGCGUCGACGAAGGCAGCACACAGCUGCACAGUCGUGACGUGACGUUUCGGGGGUUAGUUCGCACGGUAUGUGACGGAGAAAGAGGCCACCGGUGGGACUGGUGUUCCAACGUGCUCCUUCGAGGAUCGUGACGUUUCCGGUUUUUCGAACACCUCGUGACUUCUUCUGCUUCUUUUGCGACGUGUCUCUCUUCUCUCCCUCUUUCUCUCUCUCUCUCUUUCUCUCUCUCUCUUUAUCUCUGUUUGCCUCCGUUUCUCUGCCCGACUUGUUCUUUCGUUCGUUCGUUCGUUCGUUCGUUGCUCUCGUAUCCGGCGCGAGACAUGUGAUCCUUGACGAUUCCCUCGAUCAGCGUCGACGAAUCGCGAGCCUCUGCCCACUGGAAGCGGGAAACGACGGCCGAGACACGCUUAUUCCGUCUCUCCUCUCAUAUUUUUUCUCCCUCUGUCGUCCGGUGUACGCGUCGCGGCACGCGCGAAACCGCUCGUUGCCGAUCCCUUGCGCCUCUUCGUCUUCGCCUUCCUCCUCUUUCCUCCUUCUUCCCGAACGUUCCUCUCUUCUCUUCUCUUCUCUUCUCUUCUCUUCUCUUCUCUUCUCUUCUCUUUUCUUCUUUUCCUUCCUUCCUUCCUUCCUUCCUUUCUUCCUUUGCUUCCUCCUUCGUUUCUUCCGGUAUUAUUCUUAAGCCGGCGAAAAUAACCGGCUUUCCUCGAUCAUUUGACGCGCGGCCGUCUUGUCAACGCGAUCACGUUUCGCGACGCGUCCCUCGUCCCCACGGUCAUCGAUCGAUCGAUAAUCUCUCGGCAGAUUUUUUUUUUUUCUUUUCCACGGGAGUUUCGAAGGCGAAGGAUCGAGGAUAGAGGAAGGAGGGAAGGAGAGAAAUCGGUGGGCGAAUGGUUGAAACGGGUCGUUGUGGACGAGGCGCCGUGCACGGAUCGGCCCGACGAGAAUGACAUUCCGCCACGACGAAGCAGCACUAGUGGCCGUGUGUAGGGGACUUUUUCGCGAACUUGUGAAGUGCGCACUUUUUUGCGAGGUGGCGUUGUGCAGAUAAAACGCAGAGCGUUUCAAUUCGGUUCAUUGUUUCGGUCAUUAGCUUGCGCGGCAUGACGGGUGAUAGGUGUGCUUUCGCGAUAACGCAUCUACUUUCUUCGAACUGUGAUUACUUUCUGGAUAAUGUGUGGUGAUUGUGCCUUAGAAAUACGAAAAGCGUAACUGCCGUUUAGCCGAGAUCGCUGAGGAAAAAGGUGAAUAGAUAUAACGAUGGUAGAUACGCAACACUUUUGUCUGCGAUGGAACAAUUACCAAAGCAGUAUAACGUCGGCAUUUGAGAACUUGAGGGACGAUGAGGAUUUUGUGGACGUCACACUGGCCUGCGAUGGCAGAAGCCUCAAAGCGCACCGCGUCGUACUUUCCGCUUGCAGCCCUUAUUUUAGAGAAUUGCUCAAGAGCACACCGUGUAAACACCCGGUGAUAGUACUUCAGGACGUAGCGUUCAGCGACUUGCACGCAUUGGUCGAGUUCAUCUAUCACGGGGAGGUGAACGUGCAUCAGCGUUCCCUUAGCAGUUUUUUGAAGACUGCCGAAGUCCUCAGGGUAUCGGGGCUUACGCAACAGGCAGACCAAACGGACAGGGACGAGCUGUCCCACGUGCGCGCGUUGGCCGCCGGUGGCAAUCACCUUCCUUUCCACGAGAAAUUGGAGGAGAGUUUUCCCAGGGGUGGUUCACCACCGACGCCGGUUACCCCGACACCGACCACCGUGCAGCAAUUGUUGCGCAGAGCGCAGAUACGCAGGAACGAGAGACGGACGCCCGAUCCCCACGAUGAGACGGCGAAGAAGCCGAGGGUGCUUUCGCCGCCGCUCAACAACAACGACGCUACGCCCACCGAUUUCUCGAUGGGGGUGAAGAACAACCACGUGUCGAGCAAGGUGGAGGGGAACGGGGUCCACGAGGAGAACAGCCCCCUCGAGGACAAUAUCAAGUGCGAGCCGUUGGAGCUGACAGGUGGUAACAGCGGUAACGCCGCGGGGAACAACGAGGACUCGUCGGAUUCCGGCGCGGCUGCGUCCGAUCGGCCGCCCGCGUCGGCGAGCAGUAACGAGCACGAGGCCGAGUCCGAGCACACGUCCACCCCCAAUUUUUUGUCCGAGACGAAAAUCUUCCCGCCCACGCCGGGAAGCUUUAAUUUCAGUAUGGCGGCGUUGGCCACGGAGCAUACACCGUUGUCAGUGAAAUUUCCAGGAAUGGGCCACGGGUUGCAACCACCGGACUUGGCAGGAACUUCGCAAGGUACGGGCAACGGGAUGCAUCCAGCCCCGGUGACGCCUCCCUCUGCCAUGUACCGGAUGCCGCCGCCUACGGCGGGCGGUAUAAACGAGCCUCAGGAAUGCCCGUACUGCCGUCGCAACUUCUCAUGCUACUACUCCCUGAAGCGUCAUUUCCAGGAUAAGCACGAGCAAUCGGACACCCUCUACGUAUGCGAGUUCUGCAACCGUAGGUACCGCACCAAGAACUCGCUCACCACGCACAAGAGCCUCCAGCAUCGUGGCUCGAGCGGUAUGCUCAAGAGGCUGCUCAAGACGACGGCGAUCAAGAACGUUCUAGGCAGCAUGCAGCACGCCCAGAUGCAGCAGCAGCCGCAAUGAAAAUGUCGGAACCGUCUUACAGUCUCCCCGUCCCCGUGGACGUUAUCACGCAACGUGAUCCACAUCCUCAUCAUCGUCAUCGCCAUCAUCGUCACAAUCGUCAUCAUCGUCAUCCUCAUCAUCGCCUCCGAUCUUCUAGCCUCCGUGUGGGCCGACUUUUCGCCGCUCACCCCCGCCGAUCUCCACGCGUGAUCGGCCACCGUCAUCGAUCCUCGCGGACCAAUACACACGCUGCGACGCAUCUGGAUACAUACAGGAGGAGGAGGAGGAGGAGGAGGAGCAGAAAACGAGAGACGCGAGGCCGUUAUCCGGGUCCACCGUAGUGUCAUCCCCUUGUUGUCCCCUCCGUGUGCCCCCUCCCCCGCCCACAGAGACGCGGGGGUUCGGGAACGACGACGGAUGGAUGGAUAGAUUCUCCCUACUACUCGGGGAAGGAGGGACGAAGAAGAAGAAGAAGAAAAAUGGGACGACUCGAGCCGCAUGCUUUCCACGCCACGCUCACUCGCCACCUUACUCGGCUCUUGGAUUCGAGGCUCCUCUUCUCCCCGGAUUUCCCGCCGCCCUCCCCUCAUCCGCCCGCAAGCGCACGCUCUUCGUCAUCGAGGGAGCCGAUUCGCGCUCCUCGUCUCGUAGCGUUUCAGUUUGCUCUCGUCGUUUUGUAGCUCUCCUCAAGACUGCGAUUAAUCCAAAGAAGAGAAGAAGAGAUGGAAUCGAAAGAGAAGAAGAAGAAGAAGAAGAAACCUCUCCUUUUAUUCGGCUCGGUUUCGGCGAGGGAGCUUCUAUUUCUCUCUCUCACCGCGAGGGGCGCGAGCCGAGAAUUACAUUCCACAUUGCGUCGAGGCUGCAGGGAGGGAGGGAGGAAGGGAGCGGAUAUCGAAGGAAGAAGAAGACCGGUCGCAUUUGACAAAUGCCGCUCUUCACCGCGGGACUGAGGGGAGGAGAGAGGGAGACACGUGACGUUCCCGCGGUUGGAAGAAAGUGGAAAAGCAGCAAGUCGGCCCGACCGAAGGGAGAGCGAGCGAGCCGAGUGUAAUAAGAGGAAUGUAACACGUCGAUAUAAGAUAAUUUUUUUUUUUUUCGCCCGUUCGGGCGCGUUUCGUCGAUCGUCGAGACCGAUCGUGUUAGAAGGCAGUCCCUGCGAAUAAUCAUGUCAAUUUUAUAACAAGAUAUCUCUUGCUAGCGUUUUGCCGUUUAGCUGGACGAGAUCGACGAGGAAGGAAGGGUUUGGAAAAUGGGAAGAUGAUCGAGAGAAAGCGAGAGAGAGUGAGAGAGAGAGAGAGAGUGAGAGAGUGCGUGAGUGGGUAUGCGUGAGUAUAACGUCGCUGAAGUUUGUACACGCGCACAAGGGUAGGGAAAUUCGGUGGUUCGCGUGAAGGUAUUCGGAACCCGCUUUUUUUUUUUUUUUUGGAAAUAUUGUAGAUCGAGGAUAAAUCUUAGGCCUAAAUAAAUGAAAUUCAAUUUACAAAUAAUUGUGCUCAAAUUUCGGGAGGAAAGAACGGGAGUAGGGCUGAAGUUGUAGUCGUGUGGAGAGGGCGAGGGGGGGAGGGGGGCGAAGUGCAGAGGCAGUGUGGAUUGGGAGAGGAAGGGAGGAUUCUUCGCGUGGGGACGUUACAAAUAAUGUGGAGGGAGGGGAGGGAAGGAGGAGCAGGUUAGAAAAGUGCAAGUAGAGAAGUAUAGUUUGGGCUUUUAAGGGAAACGUGUACAGGUCCGUCGUGCGCGCAAAUUACAGACUAUAUUUUUAACUCUUUAAAAAUAAUAAUAUUUUGAACUUGUAUAUAUAUAUACAUACAUACAUAUAUAUAUAUAUAUAUAUAUUAUAUUCAUACGAUAUUGAUAACGAUGAUAUUCUCUUGUUCAGGUUUUAUAAGAAUGGGGAACGAGUGAAAGAAUAUAUAAUAGUUCGACGUAGAUAGUGAACGAACGCAGGGCAGGGCAGGUGAAGGAGGAGGGGCGCUCGCACACCUCUCCUUUCGUUUCCUUUUCUCGUCUCGUCCGCGAGAUCACGCGGCUCAUUUAGCGAAUGUGCAAUAUUAUACGAGUAAGGGGGUAAGGGGAAAUUUAAGGGGACGCGUCUUAACGGGAUAAAAAAGGGAAAGAAAAGAAGGAGAGAGAAAACGCAGUUCUCGAGGCGGUCAAACGCUUUUCCACCUCCGAUCUUUCUCCUUUUUUUUUUUUCUUCUUCUUCUUCGUCUCAUCGAACGAGAGAACAAUGCGGAAAAAGACUGGGGGGAUCCGAUUAGGCCAAAGAAAAGAUUAUUAUUCGGGGUUGGUGGAGAGGUGGAGUGGGAUGUGGUGGUACGAGCACGCGAUUUCACGCUGUGUGAGAUUCAUCGUCGAAAUUCACUGCCCUGCCCUUUUUUAGAAUCUUCGAAACGACACAUCCAUGCUAAUGAGAGAGAGAGAGAGAGAGAGAGAGAGAGAGAGAGAGAGAGAGAGAGAGAGAAACGAACGUACAAGCGAGAAGAAAAACCCUAAAAUACAAUUGUUUAUCGCGCGACAUAUAAUGCAUAUAUAUAUAAUUCAGGUUUUUAGAGAAGUCGGAAGUGUAAAAACGAAAAAACGAAAAAAAAAAAAAGAAACAAAGUUGAUGUUUUAUCACGUAAGGGGGAGGGGGGGUUUCACAAAGAUGGAAAAAAAAAAGAAAAAAAAAAAAAAGAAAAAUGAAACAAAAAUGAAACGCCAUUAUAUAAACUAAACGAGCAAGUACAAAUUAUCGUGGGGGAAAAAAUGAUAAAACAAAUUACGUCUACGUCUAAUUUCUAGGUUCCGUAGUAAUGGGGGAUAAAAAACAAAAAAGGAAAAGAAAAGAGGGGAGAAAAUAUUUAACGAGGAUAGAUUAAAUUGCACGCGUCUUUUCGGGUUUUAGCGACGGUAGCGCGGAGAUGAGAGAAAGAUGAGAUUGAGAGAAAGAGAGAGAGAGAGAGAAAGAGAGAGAAAGAGCGAAAGAAAGAAAGAGAGAGAGAGAGAGAUAGAGAAAAGAAAAAAGAGAAAAGAGAAACGGGAAGAAGGAUGAGAGAGAACAGAGAGAGGUUUUCCAAAAAACAUAUCUUCGAAACGAGAAGUAUACCGUGAAAAAAUACGAUUUUAGAUUUAGGUGUCUUCCUAAAAAUGGAAGUUUUUAAAAUAAUUACGUAUACAUUUGUAGUUGAGAUAAAGGGGAAGAAGUUUUUCCGCGGCCGGUCAAACCAUAAUGUGGAGAAGAAAAAGAAAAUGAAACGUUCCUUUUUUUCGGGGAAGGGGGAGGGAGGGAGAGAGAGAGAGAAAGAGAGAAAGGCAGAAAGAGAGAUAAGGAGAGAGAGAGAGAAAGAGAGAAAGAGAGAGAGAGAAAGAGAAAGAAAGAAAAAAAGAGGCGAUUUCGCGAAGGGAAAAAAAAUCUAUAGAAACAUCUUUGCUUUCCUAAAAUUUCUUUUCGACCACGGGGCAGGGGGAAAAGCUCGAAACGUAAUUCGUUAGUGAAAAUUAUCCUAGUCAUUUUGGAAACUUUUUAUAAUUCUGUGAUAUAUAUAUAUAUGUAUCGAAACUAGUAUCAUGAAGUAUUCGAAGCUCCAGAAUAAAAGAAGGAAGAAAAAAAAAGGGAGGGUAGGGAGGAAAGAACUGGGAGAGGGAUCUAAAAAAGAAGAAAAAAAAAAAACGAAAAAGAAGAAAAGAAUAUUACGUUCCACAUUAUGAUUGACGGCGUGUGGGCAAAUUGCAUAUGUAAUACACUGAUUGGAUUAAUCGAUAUCGGGAAAUUCUGUGAUGUCACUUCAGUUGGGUAUACUAGAUCGAGAGAAAUAUUAGAGAAUAUAUGAUGAAAAAAAACAAAAAGUAUACGGAAUUAGGUCGAUGUUCGGUGUUGUGUAAGUUAAUAUUUGUAAAAGGAGGGGAAGGAGGAAAAAAGCCGAGACUUUUUAUGCCGAGAAGAUUAAUAUCGAACGCUGCCGGAGCUUUCACGAUCGACGACCGCUGAUCCGAUCGUUUUUUGAAAAAAAAAAAAAAAGAAAAAAAAAUUCAUUUCGUGAAAAAAGAGAAGAGAACUGAUUGCGAAUCGUUGGAAAAUUUGGCGGGAAAACCACGUAGAAAAAAAAAAGAAAAAGCGUCGAGCUUAUAUCGGCUCGGGAAUUGCGAAUCGGUACGAUACCAAAGUGGAUUUGACUGCGAUUAUUGCGAUUUUAUUUUACUUUGUUUCUUUUUGUUUUUUCUUUCUUUCUUUCUUUCUUUUUUUUUUUUUUGUGAGACCAAAGGUUUUUUUAAUAGGUUUUCCCGACGAUUCCUCUUCACGCGAGAUAACGCGUUCCUUGAGAUCGGCUGUCGUGCGUGAAUCGAGGGGCGAAACGCAGUGUUCGGAUUAUAAUAUAACAUAUCUCUUCAGGGUACUCGACCCACUGUACACUGACACGGUGUUGAAUCGAAAAUCUUAAAAAAUAGUAAAGAAAAAAAAACGAAAAAAAAAAAAAUUAUAUUAUAGUAUAUAUCAUACACACAAAAUCUAUUUCCAAUGUGCCAACGUCUUCGAACUAACAAAAAAGGGAAAAAAAUUACAAAGAACUUUUAGGUCUUCUACUGUUUACUACGAAAAGGUGAAAAAAGGAAAAAGAAAAAAAAAAAAAAAAGAAAAAAAAAUAGUAGUUAGCCGCGCGUCGCAUCUUCUUAUUCGAGAAACGAAUAUUACCAACAUUAUUACUAUCACUAAUCGUUUUAGGAUUUAAAGCGAAUAUUAUACGAAACUUUUUCGAAUUUUAAUGCAUGGAUUUUCGUCUCGUAUGCUAUUUAAAAAAAAAAUCAUAAGGAGUUCUAAAUGGAGAAAGAGGAGAGAGAGAGAGAGAGAGAGAGAGAGAGAGAGAGAGAGAGAGAGAGAGAGAGAGAGAGAGAGAGAGAGAGAGAAUGAAACAGAAUAUGAGAAAGAGAGAGUGAGCGAGAGAAUGGGUGUGAAAGGAGGGAACGAAAGAAAGGGAAAGAAGGGUGUGAAUGAGCGAGAGACGUGAGAGAUAAAAUAUUUUAAACUGUCUAUUUUUAUUUGCAUUCUAAUAUCUCGUGCGUGUAAAUAAUUAUUAAAUAAUCGAUAAGCAACGUGUACCUCUGACGUGAAUUGCAGAGGAAAGGAUAUCGAAAAAUGGUACCGGCAUAGGCAUUAUAUCGUAUAUUGGCAAUGGGCUACGAUCGUGUGAAGAACUGAACGUUGGAAAAAAAAAAGGCGUCCCCGUGUAGGACGAUACGUGGUUAUUGUUGCCUCAAGAUGAAAAAAAAAAAAGAAAAAAAAAAAAGAAAAAAAACGCCGUUUGUAUAACACACUCCCUUUUUUCUUGUCGACCGUGAAUCGCACCGACGAAAAAAAAAAACGAACACAACCGACUUGUCUUCUGCAGAAUUUUUAUACUGUGUGAACCCCGAACAAACCGAAUAACCGGAUUAAUUGUGAGGGAAAGUUCGUGGAACUUGGCGCGUGCCGCAACACCGCAUCGAAUUACGCCAUUAAAUGGCUUAAUGUCCAUUCGGUUCGACGAACUUUUCGCGGCAAUAUCAAUACUACCGUAGAUUCUAGCUUCCGUUUGAACCGUCAUAACCGUUGAACUUCAUACGCCAAAAAAAAAGAAAAGGAAAAAAAAAAAAAAGAAAAAAGAAAAAAAGAAGAAGAAAACGUUUGUUGAGUAGAGGUCUUUGUUAUAAUACGUUAGUUGUCACAUUAUCUUUCGUUCGAUCGACGAGUUUGUUCAAUCGCAAUUCGAGCACCUGCCACGUGACGUGCUCGAGCUAAUUUCCUGGCGCUGUGACGAAAUAUUUUGAUACGCGAAUUUACUUUCGAGAAGGCUGAUUUUUAUAAUUUUUAAUCCGCGAAUUAUCGAUUUUUAAAUUAAGGUCUAAAAUUUAUUUUUUGACUAAUUUCCAGACUUUUUUUUUUUUUUUGUAAUCCCUCUCGUGUAGGGAGAAAUCGACUGAUUAGACUGUUUUUUUUUUUUUCGAUUGGUUUAAACUUUUUCUUGAUCAUGUGAUAUUGUAUUACCAAAGAGCAUCGGGAAAUUGUAAAAAAUUUCUCGGAUUUUCGAACGGUAUCCACCUUGAAGAGAAUCAUGAAUUCAAUGAUAAGAUGCAAUUUUAUCGUUUUCCGCAAUUAACUGUUUCGCUGUACUUUUACAGGCAGGACGCGAAAUCGUUUUGAAAAACCGUUCCAUGAUAUGCAUUUAUAAUUUAGUCGUUUCACGUGCAAUUUUUUGUUUCUUAAACAAAAAAAAAAAAAAAAAGAGAGAGAAAAAAAAAGAAAAAGAAAAAAUCAACGAUAGUUUCAAGGGUCUGAGAUAUCGUGAAAGUUCGAGAAACUUAUCGCGACUUAUAUUAAUUUUUGAUACGAAAAUCUUAACUUCGGUUUUCGAUUGUGAAAAGAGAGAGAAAGAGAGAGAGAGAGAGAAAGAGAGAGAGAGAGAAAAACGAAAAAAAAAAUGAGCAAAAUUUUUGUAUGAUUUUCAAAAGGGGGAUCAAAAACAAAGUGGAACUACGAGGGGAAAGAAGAAACGAAAAGAGUAUAAAGAAACGCAUCUUCGAAUCGAAAAUAAAAAAAAAAAUUGCUUAGGGAUGUAUGAUUACUGAUGAAUUGAUAGAAAAAAAAAAAGAAAAAAAAAAUGAAAUGAACGAAAAAAAAAAAAAAAUAACGUCGAGCAUAGGAGAAAGACUACUUAGAUUUAUUUUUAUUAUGUCUUCAAAAAGACUUUAAAUAUAAUAUUUAUAUUGUGCCAUAAUUAAUAUUAACAAAACCUUAAGUAUAAAUUAAUUGUUACGAAAGUUUUUAAAUUUAUCGGAAGGGGAAAAUUGCAAAAACGAAAAUAAAAAAAUGAAGGAAUGAUAAAGAUGAUGAAAAGAGGAAGAAGAAGAAGAAGAAGAAGAAGAAUAAGAAGGAAAAAAGAUAUCUCUACUGUCUAAUCGAUAAUUGUAACUGUAACGAUAGUUAUUAAGAAAGAAUCAGGAAUCAUUUUUAAGUGAAUGCUGCAUUUACAAGAGAGAAGCUAGGAUUAAAAAUAUAAACAACGGUUGAUUCAUAUCCGCUCAUAUAACGUGUAACAAAUGUAAUUCGAUUCGUGUAGCGUGCGCCCUUUUUGUCACAAACACAUACACACACACACACACACUUAUGCGAAAGACGACACAGAAGAAAAAUAUUGUAAAAAAAAAAAAAAAAGAAAAAAAAUACCCGCCGUAUUCUUCAGCGUGAGAUGUAUUAUAUCAGUAUCGUUCUUGCCAAAUUUGCGAAAUUCGCCACUCCUUUCGUUGCGAGGGGAUAAUCAUCGACCCGUUCCCAGCCGAUAUUUUUCUGGGUCUUAUUUAUUCAUAAGUUUCUUCAUCAUCAACCGUCCCGGAUACAAAGCACGAUAGCACAGGAACGGGUCGUUGAUACGUGGCACGAUGUAUGCGACGUAUACGAAAAGGGCAAACGCGUAUGCGAAUAAAAUUCGCGAUCGAGAGAGGACGACGUUGUAUCGUCGCAUGCAACGCGAUACGAUCGGAACGAACAGAAAUUCUCAGCGGUGAUAAAAGCGGCGAUACAUACACCCCACACACACAUAUAUAUAUAUAUAUAUUCUCAAGUAUCGGGGAUAUCCCUUGUAUAUCCAGAUUCUGGAAAAAGAGGAAAGCGGAACAAGCGUCGAAAGGAAAUAUCCAUUUGCAUCGAUAACACGGGAUGAUCAUCUCUCACCGUUGAGAUUUUUCUUUUGUUCGUUUUCUUUUUUUUUUUUUUUUUUCGUAUAUAUAUAAUCACGGCGUCUGCAAAUCGGUCUCCACUACCACCAACGCCAACACAGAAACCGCGUCGGGUAUCAUCCAUUCAUAUAAGUCUACAUAUCGUCUGUGACUUUGUCCUAAUAUAUAUAUAUAUAUAUACAUAGAUGCAAAUCUAUGUCUCACUUCGAAAGGAAUCGUCGAAAGGAAAAAGAAAAAAAAGAAAAAAAAAGAAAAGAGAAGAGAAACCCGUAUUUUUUACGUUUCGCUCUCCCGUGUAAAUUGUAAAUUCUGUCUUCUGUAUUUCGUGAGUCUUUUACCUGUUCAACGUUAUCACUGAUGUUUAUUAUGAUCGGUAUAUAAGACAACAUGUAAGAUCAUCGAUCGAUCGAUUACCAGGGAUAGUUUAAUCAAUUAGUUAGCUCGCGAGGAAAGGAAGAAGAGGAAGGGGAAGAGGAAGAGGGAGAAGAAAAUAAAAAAGAAAGGAAAAGAAAAGAAAAGAAAAGAAAGGAAAAGAAAAGGAAGGAAGAACGAUGUACGAAAUAUAUAAAUAUUUGACGAGGAGUCGGAUGGCACGUUAUGUUAACUUUUUAUGUAUAUAAAUAUAUAUAUGCAGAUAUGUACGUAUACAUACAUAACACGCAUAAAAAAAAAUAUUAUAUAGGCCUAUUUUGUAAGAUUUCUCCUUGGUUUUACUUUUUAUGUUAAUUCUUCUUUCUUUCCGAUUUGUUACAGCGAUUUUUCGAGAGUGAUUGUUUAAACGCGUCAAGGAGAACUUACUGGAUACUUAUUAUUAUUAUUAUUAAUUAUUAUCAUUAUCAUAAUUAUCGCUAUUAUUAUUAUUAUUAUUAUUAUUAUUAUAUUACUCAUGAUUAUUGCUAUUAUUAUUAUUAUUACUCUUGCAAUUAUUGUAAUAAUAAUUUUUAGCAUUAGACUUAUUAUUUUUUUUUUUAUUAUCGAUUCAGUCGCGAUCGUUGUGAUCGUUGAAAUCUUGUUUUUUUUUUUUUUUUCUUAAAUAUCGAUCGAUCGCGAUGUGUGCGCGCAAAAUGCAAAAUGCUUCGAAGUGAGAAAGAAAAGAAACACACACAUACACCCACAUAUAUAUAUAUAUAUACACACACAAAUACGCUCUGCGUCGCGUUAAACUUUGAGACCCGUUGCGAAUCGCCCACACAUCGUGACAAUUUAUCGUUUUCUCGCUCUUUUGAUUAUUAUUAUUAUUAUUAUUAUUAUUAUUAUUAUUAUUAUUAUUAUUAUUAUCAUCAUUAUUAUUUUUUUCUUUCUUUCAACACUUCUCACUACUUAUCCUUGUCGUGAUGUCGUAAAAAAAAAAAAAAAAGCGUCGAUGGUUUCCAUCCGUUUAUAAGAUUAAUUUUAGUCCCGUAAUUUACAAAUACGAAGCACAAAUUAUUAAGAGAUAGACCGGGUUGUCGAGCGCAAAAGGAUCCACGUGUUGCGAGCGUAUUUUAUGCAUACAUGCAUAUACAUAGACAUAGAGAGAGAGAGAGGGAGGGAGGGAGAGAGAGAGAGAGAGAGAGAGAGAGAGAGAUGAUACAGUUCAAUUUUCCUCGAUUCGAUCCUUCACGAGAUACGAGGCACCAAAUACUCGAAUCAAAUAUUUGACUCUUCGUUCCGAUUAUUGGCCGCAUAUAAUUUAACAUUCUCGAAUCGAGAAUAUAUCAUAUAUAUCGUUCGCCUUAUGCCCGUGUUUUUUUUUUUUUUUUAAUUCGAUCUUUCAUUCGAUUUUCGAUCGAGAGCAGAGAAAAGAGAAAAUGUUGAAAGAAAAAAAGAAAAAAAAGGGGAGAAAAAGGAAAAAAGUGGGAGAAAGUGGGGAAAGCACGGUAACACAGUCGAGAAAUCUUUGUGGGAGGCAAAGCGAAACAAAAAAAGGGGGGGAGAGAAAAAAAAGGGGGGAAAAAUAAAAUUAUCAUUCGCGACGUUGUGGAAUCUUUCGUGGACAAUCACGGCCCGACUAUAAUUGUAAUUGUAAACAAAGUGCAACACGCUGCCUUGCUGAACAGUACAAGUACAAAACGAAUACAAAUACAUAAAACAUGUCUUCGAUUUAAUGGAUGGAAAUGAUUCCGGUAGUUAAGAUAUCAAAAAGUACGAGAGAGAAAAAAAAAAAAUAAAAUAAAAUAAAAUAAAAUAAAAUAAAAUAAAAUAAAAUAAAAGAGAAAAAAAAAUGAUUUAAAAGAAAAAGAGAGAGAGAGAGAAAGAGAGAAGAAGAGGAAGAACAAAGCGUUUUAAUCGUAGGAAAAUGGAAAAGAAAACGAGCCUCCGUUGUAAGCAGCGUUCGCCGCUGUUCGUUCGAGCGUGUAGGAAGAGAGAAAUUGUGCGACACGGCGUGCGUUCGUUCAGAAAUACCUCAGUUGCCGUGGCCUCAGGCAUACAAAACGCCCGAUAUUAUCGCUCGUAUCGUCUAUCCGUCGUUAUAUAUAUAUACAUAUAUAUAUACACAUACAUAUAUAUCUAUCUAAGCUAAGAGGCUUCCUUCUAAAUUUUCUAAAAUUUCCAAACCCGAACGAAACAAUCGUUCGAAAACGAAUCCAAAGUAACAAGUUGUUCGAGCUUCGUUUCGUGUGACAAAUGUUUCUCCUUUCCCUGGCCAUUCGCUUCCUCCGAGGCGAAGGGCAUCGGGGAAAGGAAAAAAGAAUUCAUCAUCGAAUUUAUCAACGAUCGAGCAGCUCGAAGAGACGAUUCGUUUCUCCCAAAUGGUUCGAGAUCACUGAAGUCACUGCCAAACGAAAAAAAAAAAAAAAAAAAAGAAAAAAAGAAAAAAGAAAAAAAAAGAAUCGACGCGAGAAGAGCCUGCCCCCCCCCCCCCCUCGCGUAUCGAAUGAUCGAGACGAAAGUCGGGGGAAAAAGAAAAAAAAAAGGGGGAGGAGAAAAAAAAAAAGAAAAA